UUUAUUGAAAACCACUUUCACACCUUUAUUCAUCGUUCUGGUUCAAAAGUUUAAGAAGACAGAUUUUGAUAUUUACAAUUAAUUGACCCUUACUUCCCUAAAAACAAAGCCCAAAGUGAGAAAAAAAUAUGCGUGAGAUUGCACAUUUACAGGCAGGACAAUGCGGAAAUCAAAUAGGCGCGAAGUUUUGGGAAGUAAUUUCGGACGAGCAUGGAAUUGAUCCCACGGGAACUUAUCAUGGAGACUCUGACCUGCAAUUGGAGAGAAUAAAUGUUUACUACAAUGAAGCGACUGGAGGGAAAUAUGUCCCUAGGGCAAUUUUGGUGGACCUCGAGCCCGGGACGAUGGAUGCUGUUCGAUCUGGACCAUUUGGGCAAAUUUUUCGGCCAGAUAAUUUUGUUUUUGGCCAGAGUGGGGCAGGAAAUAAUUGGGCAAAGGGGCACUACACAGAAGGUGCCGAGUUGGUAGAUUCUGUCCUGGACGUCGUUCGAAAAGAAGCCGAAAGUUGUGAUUGUUUACAAGGUUUCCAACUGACUCACUCCCUCGGUGGUGGCACUGGAGCAGGGAUGGGAACCCUCCUAAUUUCGAAAAUUCGAGAGGAGUAUCCAGACAGAAUCAUGAUGACCUUCAGCGUCGUUCCAUCUCCAAAAGUGUCGGACACAGUAGUUGAACCCUACAAUUGUACCCUAUCGGUACACCAGCUCGUGGAGAACACUGAUGAAUCCUACUGCAUAGACAAUGAGGCUCUGUAUGACAUCUGCUUCAGGACACUUAAGUUGACGACACCCACCUAUGGGGACUUGAACCACCUUGUCAGCGCGACCUUGAGUGGAGUCACCACCUGCUUAAGAUUUCCGGGUCAACUCAACGCUGACCUUAGAAAGCUGGCUGUCAACAUGGUGCCUUUUCCACGUCUGCAUUUUUUCAUCCCAGGCUUUGCCCCUCUAACGUCCAGAGGAUCACAACAGUAUCGAGCAUUGACAGUUCCUGAAUUAACACAACAAAUGUUCGACGCCAAAAAUAUGAUGGCUGCCUGUGAUCCACGGCAUGGCAAAUAUUUGACAGUAGCAGCAGUUUUUCGAGGAAGAAUGUCAAUGAAGGAAGUUGACGAACAAAUGCUAAACAUACAAAAUAAAAAUAGUACUUACUUCGUGGAGUGGAUUCCGAGCAAUGUAAAAACAGCUGUCUGUGAUAUUCCACCUAGAGGGUUGAAAAUGUCAGCUACUUUUAUUGGAAACUCGACAGCUAUUCAAGAAUUGUUCAAACGAGUUUCUGAACAAUUCACUGCUAUGUUUAGGCGAAAAGCCUUCUUGCAUUGGUACACUGGAGAAGGUAUGGACGAGAUGGAAUUUACUGAGGCUGAAAGUAAUAUGAACGAUCUGGUGUCCGAGUAUCAACAAUAUCAAGAGGCAACUGCUGAAGAAGAGGGCGAAUUUGAUGAAGAAGAGGAAGGCGAAGGCGACGAUAAAUGAAAUUUCGGAAAAUUUAAUGAUACGAUUUUACACAUUACCUAUCAAAGUCCUUAUCAGUUACUAAACAUUUCCUUAAAGGAAAGUAUGCUUACCGCUCCACUAGCUUUAAACCAAAUUUUUGUUCUUUUUUUGUAAAAAAAUAAAAUUAUCCUCCCCAAAGAUUUAGCUGAUGUAGUAAAGCACAAUUUUUACAAUAAUUGUA